CAAACGCUCCAGUCAUGUUUACAUUGUACCUGAAGAAAUCACAUUUACAGUGAUGAAAAGAAGCAAAACAGAAAUGUUCAUGCGAAAACUGACAUUUAUGAGAAGGCAGCAUGGUUCUCCUGUGGUUCUUCAGUUUCCUAGUAGUGAAGGUCUACAUUGUUGAGCUGGUACCUGUGACAGGAGUGGUCUAUGAUCCAGCAGACUCUAAAGACCUCACUAAAGAGGACUUAAUAAAGGCUCGGGAAUACAUAGAUCGAUUCUACAAUGCAUCUACUAAGUCAAGAAAGGGGACCAAUCUAACUGAAGAUAAAAUCAAGGCCAUGCAAACGUUUUUUGGACUUCAUGUCACCGGAAAAAUAAACCAGGAAACUCUGAAAGUUAUGAAGAAACCCAGAUGUGGAGUCCCUGACGUCCAGAGGUUCAGCCAUUUUCCUGGGAAGCCUAAAUGGGAGAAAACAUCCCUGACCUACAGAAUUGUCAACUACUCUCCAGAUAUCCCCAACUCAGAAGUUGAUAACGCAAUUGCACAGGCCCUCAGGCUAUGGAGUGAGGUUACACCUUUAAAGUUUCGCCAGAUUUAUAGUGGUGAAGGUGAUAUAAUGAUAUCUUUUGGAUUCAGAGACCAUGGGGAUUUCUUUCCAUUUGAUGGACCACUCGGAAUCUUGGCACAUGCUUUUGCACCAGGUAAUGGGAUUGGAGGAGAUGCUCACUUUGAUGAAGAAGAGACAUGGACAUUGGGUCCCCAAGGUAUCAGCAUUUUCUUAGUCGCGCUUCAUGAACUGGGCCAUGCUUUGGGACUGGAGCACUCAAGAUAUGAGCAGGCCAUAAUGUAUCCAACUAUAUCACAAAAUUCAUUUGUGGACCCAACCAAGUUUAAAUUAUUUAAAGAUGACAUUGAAGGCAUCCAAGCUCUCUAUGGACCAAGAAUUCCCAAUGUGCAAAAACCAACAGUGAAACCCCAGCCUAAACCACCAAAGGAACCCCAGCCUAAACCACCAAAGGAACCCCAGCCUAAACCACCAAAGGAACCUCAGCCUAAACCACCAAAGGAACCCCAGCCUAAACCACCAAAGGAACCUCAGCCUAAACCACCAAAGGAACCCCAGCCUAAACCACCAAAGGAACCCCAGCCUAAACCACCAAAGGAACCCCAGCCUAAACCACCAAAGGAACCUCAGCCUAAACCACCAAAGGAACCCCAGCCUAAACCACCAAAGGAACCCCAGCCUAAACCACCAAAGGAACCCCAGCCUAAACCACCAAAGGAACCCCAGCCUAAACCACCAAAGGAACCCCAGCCUAAACCACCAAAGGAACCUCAGCCUAAACCACCAAAGGAACCUCAGCCUAAACCACCAAAGGAACCCCAGCCUAAACCACCAAAGGAACCCCAGCCUAAACCACCAAAGGAACCCCAGCCUAAACCACCAAAGGAACCCCAGCCUAAACCACCAAAGGAACCCCAGCCUAAACCACCAAAGGAACCUCAGCCUAAACCACCAAAGGAACCUCAGCCUAAACCACCAAAGCAACCUCAGCCUAAACCACCAAAUAAACCGGUUCCUAAGCCUACAAAGCAACCUCUACCGCAGCCUCCAAAGAAACCUAAACCGACAAAGAAACCUGAAUCUAAACCAACAAGGAAGCCAGAGGGAAAACCAACCAAGGCAUCAAAGCCAGCUGAUGUCCCACGAAACCCAACAGCACCCAGAAAAUGUGACCGAGAACUAAAGUUUGAUGCAAUAACUAGCAUGAGAGGAGAUCUGCUGUUUUUUAAGGAAGGGAUAAUCUGGAGGAAAAGUGCAACAAAAAGCAAUAUUGAUACCCUCUUACUUAACGCUACUUGGCCAAGAUUACAAAGUGUGGAUGCAGCCUAUGAGGUUCCACAGAGAGACAUUGUCUACCUUUUCAAAGGCCGACACUUUUGGAUUACGAGAGGUUUUAGCAUGGUCCUGGACUAUCCCCAAGAUAUCACCCAGUUUGGUUUCCCAAGUUCUGUUAAGAAAAUAGAUGCUGCAUUGUUCUUAAAAGAAGAAAGGAAAGCCAUUUUUUUUGUGCGAGAUAAGUACUGGAGCUAUGAUUACUUCAGUCUCAAAAUGGACUCCAAAUCUCCAAGGAAAAUUAAAAAUGGCUUUCCUGGAAUUGGGAAAAGGGUGGAUGUGGCUUUUCAGGAUAAUGAUCACCUGUAUUUCUCCAGUGGAGCCAACCAGAUUGAAUAUAGCCCUAGGAGGAAACAUGUCAUCCGCAAGAUCCCAAAUUAUCAAUGGCUGAACUGCAAAUGACGAUAUCUGCGCUCUCAGAUUUAUGAUAACAUACAGCAUGCGUGUCAAUGUGAAAUAAAUCUCUAAACACCUUU